AUGAUCAGAGAAUGUAGAAGCGGGCCCAACUUGGAUCGAUCGUCUCAUCGCUCUUCUUUGAACGACGACUUGGUUGACGCGUUCAACCCGUUUAGAUUCUGGAAUACGCUCGACGGUAUCAUUAGUCUCAAGGAGUUCGUGAGUUUGUGCUGGCUGAUCAUUGUCUGGACAGUUAUCAUCAUCGACAUGUUUAUUCGGAUGAGACUAGAAAGGAGCAAAUACACGAAUGAUUUCAGAAAACAAAAUAAGAUGAAGAGGGAGGUUGAAGAGAGUCUGAAAGGAGCGGCGUCACAUGGUCCUUCUUAUACUGCCCUGGCCAAGGACAAAUCUAUUCGUAUCGUCGAAAUGCUACUCAUCGGCCUGACCGGCUCGAUCGCAACGGGCAAAUCUACCGUCUCCCAGCUCCUCUCGCAAACACCAUAUAACCUUCCCAUCAUCGAUGCCGACCUUCUAGCUCGCAAAGUGGUGGAGCCAGGUACGCCCGGCUACAACAAGAUUGUAUCAUACUUUGGCCCAACAACACCAGAUCUCCUACUCCCUUCACCAAGCGAUGGCCAAGGCCGCCCACUCAAUCGCCCCGUUCUAGGCCGCAGAGUGUUCGGUGACACUCCUGAGAAGAAAAAGGACAGACAGGUCCUCAAUGGCAUCGUACACCCCGCGGUACGAUGGGAAAUGUACAAGGCCUUGGCAUACUACUAUGUACGGGGACACUGGGCGGUUGUGCUCGACGUACCGUUGCUCUUUGAGGCUGGGCUUGACGCCAUUUGCGGCACUGUAAUGGUCGUCUCGGUGAGCGACCCAGAGAUGCAAUUGAAGUGGCUACGACAGAGAGAUACACACUUGUCCGAGGAAGAUGCGAGGAAUAGAAUUCAGAGUCAGGGCGACGUGAGAGAGAAAGCGAGACGCGCAGAGCAAAGAGGAAAGGGUAGAGGGGUAGUAGUGACGAACGAUGAUGGAAUGGAUGAUUUGAAGGCAGAAUUGGCAAGGGCCAUGAAGGAAGUGAAGAGCACGAGUCCGACUUGGUGGGCUUGGUGUCUGGUUUUGAUGCCACCCUUGGCUGGUCUGGUGGGGCUGUGGAAUAUUUGGGAGAGCAUAGGGGCCUCGAGGAAAUGGAAACAGCAGAAGCACAAGAGCUCGUGA